AUGAUACUAACUAGGCAUUGUGUCAAAGAUUGCUGUUCCACGCAAUUCCCAGUGGUGCAUUGUCGUCCAGUAAUCGCGGUAGCAGCAGACAAAGCAACAACAAAGCAAAUGGAAUUGAGGGUUGGUGGACGCUUUCGGUUAGGACGCAAGAUUGGUAGUGGAUCAUUUGGGGAUAUCUAUUUGGGUCAGAAUAUUGUUACACAAGAAGAAGUUGCUAUUAAAUUGGAAUGUGUUAAAACAAAACAUCCACAAUUGCAUAUUGAGUCAAGAUUGUAUAAAUUGAUGAGUGGUGGAGUGGGCAUUCCUCAGGUGAAAUGGUGUGGUUAUGAAGGUGAAUAUAACGUUAUGGUGAUGGAACUGCUAGGCCCAUCAUUAGAAGACCUCUUCAAUUUUUGUUCAAGAAAAUUCACACUGAAGACUGUAUUAUUAUUGGCCGAUCAAAUGUUAUCACGUAUAGAAUAUAUUCAUUCGAAGGAUUUUAUUCAUCGCGAUAUCAAACCAGAUAAUUUUUUGAUGGGACUCGGCAAGAAGGGGAAUCUCGUUUAUAUAAUAGAUUUUGGUCUUGCCAAAAAGUACCGUUGUAGUAGGACACAUACGCAUAUACCGUAUAGGGAAAAUAAGAAUUUAACAGGUACCGCAAGAUAUGCGUCAGUGAAUACCCAUCUUGGAAUUGAACAAAGUAGAAGAGACGAUAUUGAGUCGUUGGGUUACGUACUGAUGUACUUCAAUCGUGGCACUUUACCGUGGCAAGGCUUGAAAGCGGCCACAAAACGACAAAAGUACGAUAAAAUAUCUGAGAAAAAAAUGGGCACACCGGUGGAAGAGCUGUGUGCUGGGCAUCCUGUUUGUUGUUUACCACCAGAAGCAUUCGCAACAUAUCUGAAAUACUGCAAAUCGUUGGGCUUUGAAGAGCAACCAGAUUAUUCACAUUUACGACAGUUGUUCCGGAAUUUAUUCCAUCGGCAGGGCUUCACCUAUGAUUAUGUUUUUGAUUGGAACCUCUUGAAGACUGCGAAAAGGGUUCAGCCCUCAGUACAAUCGCAACAAAUACCGCAGUCAAGAAUGAUGAUCGAACAGUGA